AGCAGAGGAGGGGAGAUGUGGAGAAGGAGGGAUAGAGGAAAAGGAGGAGGAGGAGGUGAAAGUCUGAAUAAGAAAGCAGCUCCUCCCGCUUCCUUGAGCUGCCUGCACACCGGACCGCAGCAGCGGCACAAAAAGCACCAAUCAGCAGCAAAAUCACGUCCUUAUUCGGAUUUAACUCACCGUGAGUGGCCGAGACUUCCCCGGAGCACCGACGGCACUGCCGCGACUCCACUAGUACCCCUCUCUGAACCGACCGAGCGAGCGACCGACAUGCUCUCCCCGGGACUCUCCGUGUCUCUGCUGGCCGUGUCCUGCGCUCUGUGGCCGGCUGCGGCGGUCCGCGCGGCGUCCUGUGAGUCGGUGCGUAUCCCGCUGUGCCGGUCCAUGCCGUGGAACAUGACCAAGAUGCCGAACCACCUCCACCACAGCACGCAGGACAACGCGGUGCUGGCUAUCGAGCAGUUUGAAGGGCUGCUGGGUACCGGCUGCAGUCCGGAUUUGCUCUUCUUCCUGUGUGCCAUGUACGCUCCCAUCUGCACCAUCGACUUCCAGCACGAGCCCAUCAAACCGUGCAAGGCGGUGUGCGAGCGGGCAAAGAACGGCUGCGAGCCGGUAAUGAAGCGCUACAACCACAGCUGGCCCGACAGCCUGGCCUGCAGCGAGCUGCCGCUGUACGACCGCGGAGUCUGCAUCUCACCGGAGGCCAUCGUCAAGGCAGAGGGACCAGAUCCAUACUACCAGGACCCAGCCAGGUGUAACCCAGAAUCCAGUCCAGACUUCCCAAUGGACUCCAACAACCUUCACUGCAGUAAACCAAGUGGAGAUCGCUGUAAGUGUAAGAACGUCAAGAUGAGUUUGAAAAACUACAUGAAGAGCAACUACAACUACGUGAUCCGGGUGAGGGUGAGGGAGGUGAGGAACCACGGCCUGGAGCCCACAGCGGUGGUGGAGGUGAAGGAGGUGAUCAAGUCUUCGUUGGUCAACAUUCCCAAGGAGACGCAGACGCUCUACUACUCGUCCUCCUGCCUGUGUCCUCCUCUGACUCCUGGGGAAGAUUAUCUCAUCAUGGGCUACGAGAACGAGGAGACGUCCAGGUUGCUCCUGAUUGACACCUCCAUUGCUCAAAGGUGGAAGGAAAAAAUGGGCAGGAAGGUCAAGAGAUGGAACCAGAUCGUGAGGUCUCGAGAGCAAAGUCGCCACUGAGAUCUGAGUGUGUGUGUGUGUGUGUGUGUGUGUGUCUGUGUGUGAGUGUGUGUAGAUAUUGCACUAUCACAGGCUGUUGUAGCUGAAUGUAGAUCAUCUCUUCAUCUAUCAGACUGGAGUCUGAUUUUUGUCAUUUAUUUUCUUUGCACAAACAUUAUUUAGCUUGUGUGUGUGUGUGUGUGUGUGUGUGUGUGUGUGUGUGUGUGUGUGUGUGUGUGUGUGUGUGUGUGUGUGUGUGUGUGUGUACCUAAAGCACUCAAUAAAGACAAGAGAGGGGGUGGAGCUUCAAAGCUGUAGUACUAAACCCUACGCACAGCCAUACAGUAUGUACAUGACACUUUUUUUUUUUGGAACAAAUGUUUUCUUUUAAGUGGCGGCCAUGUUGGCUCCAUGGUCACAGUCUCAUAUAAUCCCGGAUGUUGGCCAUGUGACCUGUAAACAAUGUUUAAUUGAGGACAUUUAAAUGACACAAAAGCCAUUUGGACUUGGACAUUUUGGACUAUGACAGAUCUGUAGUGAUGACCUUAACUUCAAUGAAUGAACUCUGCCAAAAAAAGGAAAGAAUAAUAUUCACAGCAACAAGAGCAAGAAGACCAUCUGCAACAAGAACGACUGCAACAGCCGCAGCAGAAUGUGGGCAGACGGAGAGUUUACUUCAGUAUUGUUGGAUGCAGCGUUGUCUUAGAUUGUACAGAUGUACUUAGUGAAGAGUAUAGAGACAGAGAGCAUUUAGGUCCUGCCCCCACCGGAGGGGGAAACAACUCUCCGCUCUCCAUUGACUUGUGUUGAGUGAAGGUUUCCUCCUCGUCUAUUACGUCUGCUAGCAAACAACAGAAACGUGCCUAAAAGCUGCCGUGUGGUGAUAUCAACUACCAACAGGGUAAAUAAGCCAGAACUUAAGUUUUUAUAAGCUGGCGAUCUGAAAAACUGAGCUUUUAUGAAGACAGAAGUGGAAACAGACGUGAGGAAUCAGCAGAGAGAAUGGUGAGACACUAAGCUAACGUUAUGACCGACGUUACGUGUGUUAGCUUAACUUACAGACAUAUAGUUAGCCUUAAAACUAACAUUUGGCUUGGUAACAAAAUGCUUGCUGCAAACGUAACAUCGGACAUAAUGUUAGAUCACCACACAGCAGCUUUUAGGCAUGUUUCUGUUGUUUGCUAGCAGAGGAAAUAGACGAGGAGGAAACCUUCAUGCAACACAAGUCAAUGUGUUGACCCCCGGUGGACGUGGCCUUCAGAGUAUGACGCGAUGCGCUCGGUCUCUAUGUUCUGUAAGAAGAGUACGGAGUGUGCCACUAGAAUUAUUUUAAAGACUUUUUUGUGUUUGGUUAUGAUCAAUUAUUAAGUUAAUAUUUAAUAUAAUAAUAAGUGAAUAUGGAAUAUGAAACCAACUAAAAAACAUUUUUAAAUUCCAUUUUAAAAAUCAUUUAAAGCUAUAGUGCUCCUCCACACAGUUGCUAGUAGCCAAGGAGGACACGGAAGAUUAAAAAACAUUGGCCUCUUCAGAAGAGGUCAUUAUCUAUAAUGAUAUAUAUAAGAAAAGGGAUUACCGACUGACAAAUUUAAUCUUUUAAAUGCUAAUUUUAUGAAGUCACAAUGGCACACUCCAGGCUCCCAAUCAUGCCUUGGUUGGACCAGGUUGAUCAAGUCAUGUCACGUACAGAGUUAUGUUUCGAGGGGAAGUAAAACAGGGCAUGUUAAACCAUUA